CGGGGGGACCCGUAGACGCUCCGCGGAGCUGCGCGCGGCGCUGGGCGGACGGGGAGACGCGCGGCCCUCGCUCGCCGCGAUGGCUCGGAGGCAGGACGAGCCCCGAGCGGCCGCGCCCUUGGUGGCGGAAGGCAAGGCCGGCGCGGAGGCUAAGCUCAUUCUGUACCACUGGACGCACUCCUUCAGCUCCCAAAAGGUGCGCUUGGUAAUUGCUGAAAAGGCAUUGAAGUGCGAGGAACAUGAUGUAAGUCUGCCCCUGAGUGAGCACAAUGAGCCUUGGUUUAUGCGUUUGAACUCAACUGGAGAAGUGCCCGUCCUUAUCCACGGGGAAAACAUAAUUUGUGAGGCCACUCAGAUCAUUGAUUAUCUUGAACAGACUUUCCUGGAUGAAAGAACACCCAAGUUAAUGCCAGACAAGGGAAGUAUGUAUUACCCCCGGGUGCAGCAUUACCGAGAGCUGCUGGACUCCUUGCCAAUGGAUGCGUAUACGCACGGCUGCAUUUUACACCCUGAGCUAACUGUGGACUCCAUGAUCCCAGCUUAUGCGACCACCAGGAUUCGCAGCCAAAUUGGUAACACAGAGUCAGAACUCAAGAAACUUGCUGAAGAAAACCCUGAUUUACAAGAGGCAUAUCUCGCCAAACAGAAGCGGCUUAAAUCAAAGCUUCUUGAUCAUGAUAACGUGAAAUACCUGAAGAAAAUUCUUGAUGAGCUGGAGAAGGUCUUGGAUCAGGUUGAAACUGAGUUGCAGAGAAGAAAUGAAGAAACGCCAGAGGAGGGCCACCAGCCUUGGCUCUGUGGAGAAUCCUUUACCCUGGCAGAUGUCUCACUUGCUGUCACAUUGCAUCGACUGAAGUUCCUGGGGUUUGCGAGGAGAAAUUGGGGACAAGGAAAGCGACCCAACCUGGAGACCUAUUACGAGCGUGUCUUGAAGCGGAAAACAUUUAACAAGGUUUUAGGACAUGUCAACAAUAUAUUGAUUUCUGCAGUGCUGCCGACAGCAUUCCGGGUGGCCAAGAAGAGGGCCCCCAAGGUUCUUGGCACUACCCUUGUAGUUGGUUUGCUCGUGGGCAUGGGAUAUUUUGCUUUUAUGCUUUUUAGAAGAAGACUUGGCAGCAUGAUAUUAGCACUUAGACCCAGACCAAAUUAUUUCUAGGCUUGUUGGGAUCUGGUGGUGGCAACUCACCCAACCGUCCAGCUAGACCCUUGUGGACCCAGUGAAGAAUUAUCCUGGGCAACUAGUUAGACGCAUACUUCGCAUUACUCUUUGGAUAGUUUGUAUGGGGAGAGGUGUUAUGAGAAUGUUUUUGUAGGUUGAUAAGUGAGAUGACUUCUUUGAAAACUUGAACUAAUGUAUUCUUAAAACCUGUGCUAGGUCAAGAUAUGUAAACACUGACAGAGAACAGACCUUUCACUCAGUAUGCCAGUACAAGGUCUAAAUUACUCUCUGGGAGAAGGUUAUUACUAGGAGCAGACGGUAACAGCAGUCAUCACUGCCUACAGCUCUCAUUGAGAAUAUCUGGAUAUGUUGAUUGUUAAGUACAGUAUCUUUCCACAGAAUUCAGACGUCACUUUUGUUACCCAACACGGAGGCCCAGACAGCAUCAGGACCUCACCCUGCUUUAUCUUACCACCGCUAGCUUCAGGCAGAGAUACGGAAGGCGAAAGGAAAAGGGGGGAAGGAAGAGGUAGGAGAAUGAAGCCUAGGUAGAGCAGAGCAGUCGACUGUGACCCGCCAGUGCCCCCAGCGUCACGCAUGGUUACCUGCUCUUUGCUGAACACCGUGUUCCACUACCCCUGUCCACAGCUCACACGUGCACUCCUGUAACUGCGAACCCUGGGGAAGAGGGGCCUGGAAGUUAGUGGGGAGUAGGGAGCUGGAAAGAACCCUGGGCUUUACACACAUCACACCUCACGCGACUUUAAGUACUUCUGGACCAUACCCAUUGAUUUAAUAAGAUCAAGUGAUUCUGUACCUGAGCAUGAGAUGCAUUAGAACAUGUCUGCCUAGCAUUUACAUGAAUGUCUUAAGUGAUGUGAAGACUGUUGCUCCUGGUCUGCAGUUCACUGGGGACCGCGUGAGAUCCUGUUUCUGUCUACCGCUGUGUCCAGUCGCGAGAGGCUUGGCCUCUGCGCCCUCUUUGUACACGUAGGUGGCAUGUAGGUGAAUGUCCCACAUCAUAACAUGGGAUGCGACUUAGUAGUGCUCAGUCUGAAGAAUACCGAGCCCCCUCAUUCUUCAUGUUGGGUGGCUCGUACAUUAACACAGGCUGUUGUCCAGGCCUUGCAUCUAUGUGUUUAUGAUCAUCAACAAAGCCUUAAGAAGUUGAAGAGAGAGAAAGGCCUAGGUUUGCCUUCGGCAGUUAAGUUAGAGGAGGUGAAAUCGGUAGGUAACGAGGCCCACCUGUGUCAUCCAUGUGUGUCCAGGCAUUUGGGGGGUGCCUCAGCUGCUUGGAGGACACGGUCCCAAUCGUUCAGUGAACAACCGUGGAGCUGUAACAUACGAGCUGUGCUCCAGGAAAAGUCUUCCAUGGUGACAGGGACGGAGUUUCUCCUGAGCUGGCCAUCAAGGCCUUGGGAGCAGUUCCAGGUGUCCUGUGGGCAGGUUGUACAGGGAUGAUGAGCUCGGGGUCUAGAGGGUAAUAAAAGCUUACUUGGGCUGUCUCAGAUGAACUGUGAAAAUAGCCAAAGAAUGUACUGAUUUUUCAUUAACAGGAAGCAGUCAGACCUAGGAAACAUGACUUUUUGAUGGUAAAAUGAUUCUGUAAUUCCAUUUUGAGUCGACAUUCCAUUGCAUGAUCUAGUUAGAGAAAAUCUUGAUAAACUGGAUAUACCCUGUUUAUGAAAAAUUAAAACCUCCAGGUUGAACUCAGCCCAACAAUAAUGAAUACAGGUUCAGCUUUUAUGAUGUUUUAAUUUGCAAAUCAAUGUGUCAUCUCAUGGAAUGCGUGAGUCUGUUUGCUCUUGGAGCAUUCCAACCCACAUGUUCAUGAGAGAGCCAUAAAAUUGAUUAUGAAUUAGUUCAUAGGGUUUGCAAAUCCUUUAUGAUACUCUAUUAAGAACAAGAACUGUAAUGUAAAGAAAUAAAAACCGGCUUGUAAAAGUCUUUAAAGGAUGUUUACCUGUGAAAGGGUUGUUGAUUCAGAAUAAAGAUCAAAAGCUUUUUAUUAGCUUUUAUUUCUAUAUAUAUUAUUAUUGAAUCAGAGUAAAUCUACUAGAAAGUAUUUAUAACUUUAUUAUAAAAUUUUAUUGGAGAUACGCUCUUGUCAAUAUUAAAGAUAGAGCUUCCUAGCAAUUUCACUUGUUUUGUGGAUACUCUUUCAUAGGCUUUAACAAAACUUGGUGAUGUAGUGACCACUAGAUGCCACUGUUCAUCCAGUGGUCUAAGGGAGUGUUUUGUCUUCUGAAAUGUUUCAAGGGAAGAUAAACAUGAAUGACCUUAGCGCUGAAUGGGACAUCUUCAUCAGGUUAUUCAUUUGUAAAAACAGCUUGAGACAAAUGUAACACUGAUUUCUUUUGCUUUGUGAGUGGUAACAGCACUGUACCCUGUUAAGCUAAAGAGCUGAUCAUACAGUUAGUUAAAUAAGCACUUUCACAGAGCUUCUUUUUCGUGAUCAAUGAUGAUUGGCCAGUGUACUCCUUAUUUUCCAAAAUUUGCAUAAGUAUCACAAGUAGAAAAUGCCUGAGGUACUAAAACUACACUGGCUAUUAUGUCUUAAUGCUUAUACAUACUCUUUUAUCAUUGUUGUAAUUAUAUGCCUUCUAAAUCUCAAAUACUUGUAAAAUGCUUGCUCAAUUUUUAGUAAUACUGACCCCAGAGUUGUAGAUUUUUGUUGGUGUUGAAUGUUAUAGAAGGACAAGAUACUCUUCUCCUAUAAGAUCAAUAAACAUAAUUGGAAAAAAUAUGAA